CUCCUGGCACCGCCCCGCCCCGCCAUGGCGAGUGAGGGCGCUUCCGGGAGGCGGCGGCACGUGACGGGGGCGCUGCGCGCGCCGCCUGUCAUGUGACCUGCGGAGGCGCCGGGCGCCAGGCGGGGCGGGGGCCAUGGCGGCCCCCCGCGCCCGGGCGGUGGUGCCGGGCGAGGCCUCGGAGAGCGACUCGGACUCGGAGCUGGGCCCGGCGCCCGCCAGCACCGCCCCGGCGGGGAUCAAGGUGCCGGGGGAGGCCUCCGAGACCGACUCCGAGGAGGAGGAGGAGGAGGAGGGGGGGGCGAGGCCGAAGGGCGCCCUGCCCGCCCCCGCCCUGCCGCCGCUGCGGGUGGAGCGGAGCCCCGCGGCGGUGCCGGUGCCGGUGCCGGCGGCGGUGCCGGUGCCGUGGGGCGGCUCGCUGCUGCAGCAGCGGCUGCUGGAGGGCAACGCGCGGCUGCGGGGCGCCGUGGGGGGAGCCGUGGGGCAGGGCUACGCCGCCGCCGCCCGUCACCUGGGCGCCCUGGCGGCCCCCCUGCGCCGGGCCCAGGCCGCCGCCACCGGCGCCUCGCACAGCCUCCGCCUGGCCCGCCGCGACCUGCGCGCCGUGGCCGCCGCCGUCGACAUCGUGGCGGGCUGCGGCCUCCUGCCCGACAUCCGCGGAGACCUGCCCCCGGUGUAGCUACACCGUGCCGCGGCUGACGUCGUCACCGGCUGUGUUCCCCUGCCUGAUGUACACGGUGACUUGCUGCCGGUGUAGCUACACCGUGCCGCACCUGACGUCGUCACCGGCUGCGGCCUCCUGCCUGACAUCCGCAGAGACCUGCCUCCAGUGUAGCUACACCGUGCUGUGGCUGACGUCAUCACCGGCUGUGUCCUCCUGCCUGACAUACAUGGUGACCUGCCCCUGGUGUAGCUACACUGUGCCGUGGCUGAUGUCGUCACCGGCUGCGGCCUCCUGCCCGACAUCCGCGGAGACCUGCCCCCAGUGUAGCUACACCGUGCCGCGGCUGACGUCGUCACCGGCUGCGGCCUCCUGCCUGACGUACAUGGUGACCUGCCCCCAGUGUAGCUACACCGUGCCGCGGCUGACGUCGUCACCGGCUGUGUCCCCCUGCCUGACGUACGUGGUGACUUGCUGCCGGUGUAGCCGUGGUGCUGCCGCGCAACCACCUGGCCCACAACAGCCGCUGUGCCGCAGCCGACGUCGUCACCGGCUGUGUCCUGCCUGACGUACGUGGUGACUUGCUGCUGGUGUAGCCGCGGUGUCACCGUCACUGGCCCGUGGCUGCGGUGCCUGUUCCCCACCCCCCACCUCGCUUGUUGCUGUUGUUUUCGCCCCGCUCGAGGGCUUCGUUUAACCGUGGUGGCAAAUAAAGCCCCGCGGGGGGGGCGCCCGCGGCGGCACCGGGGGGGG